AUGAAAAAAUCUGUGUUACCACCAGUUGAUAGCAAGACAACUACUCCAGUACAUUUCUUGGAUGCACAUGCGCCCUUUCCACGCUCCAUCUGGAUUCAUCCACAUGCUCCCUACGAUGACUAUGAUUGUGUCUGCAAAACCAUCUGUAGCAGGGCAACGGAGGAGGACUGCGCCGGAGGUCAGAGACCCCCGGAGACACUGCAGUUCGAAGACCCUGCACCACCGGAAAGCAUGCAGAGUCACCGGGCUGAGGAGCAGCAGAAGGUGACUGAUGAUUUGGGUCCGAAACACCAAACAGAGUUCACCCCUCCUCGCCCUUAUCUCUUGGACUGCAGACAUCCACACGUUGCCGAGCCUGCGCGGGUACUGAGCCCUGUGAUGGAGCCAGAGAUUAAACCAAAUCAGGGAGAGACAGAGAAGAAAAGAAAAGAGGGGAAACGUGGGAAAAUAAAAAUAAAGUACAUCCCAUUACAGCUUUGUGACAACACAACUAUCCCUUGGGUAAAGCCAGAAGUUCCAAAGCAGCGGGAAGAUUAUGAACUGGAGGCUGACUUCCCACCUCUCGUCCCAGCAAUGGUUCUCUUACCACCAGUGCCUCCCAUUCAGAGGAGGAUGGACAAGUUGCCCGAUGAGGUCUCCAUCUGCAACAACCAGCCGCUUACUACGGGUAAUAAACCAGCCGUGUGUCUCUGUCCAGCUUUGCUCUUCACAUGCAUCUCCCAUGUCUGA